AGUGUGUGUGAUUGAUUAUAUACCAUCAAUUUACUAUAUAGAAGUAUUGAUAUGCGAGCCAGGGAAACUGCCUGCCUGGCUCAGUAACCAUUGCCCUCUUGAUCCUGCAGACGCAGAGUUCCAAAAGGUUCAGGUGGAAAAAAAAAAGGGGGGGAAAUCUCGAUAGAACACCAUCAGACCAAAAACGAUGAUGUGAUGUGAACAUUUUGGCACCCGUGCUGCAUGGCCCAUGGGGAUUUUAUUCACCGGCGCCCACUGCACAUCGCUGGAAGGUUAGCUCACAGGAAGGCCAGGCUGAAGAUGGGUGACUGGAACUUCCUUGGGGGAAUCCUGGAGGAGGUGCACAUCCACUCCACCAUCGUGGGCAAGAUCUGGCUGACCAUCCUGUUCAUCUUCCGCAUGCUGGUGCUGGGAGUGGCGGCCGAGGACGUGUGGAACGACGAGCAGUCCGAGUUCAUCUGCAACACGGAUCAGCCCGGCUGCCGGAACGUCUGCUACGACAAGGCCUUCCCCAUUUCCCUGAUCCGCUACUGGGUGCUGCAGGUCAUCUUCGUGUCCUCGCCCUCCCUGGUGUACAUGGGUCACGCCCUGUACAGGCUGCGCGCCCUGGAGAAAGAGAGGCAGAAGAAGAAGGUGCAGCUGCGCAGGGAGCUGGAGGCUGUGGACCUGGACAUGGCGGAGGUGAGGAGGAAGCUGGAGCGGGAACUGCGGCAGCUGGAGCAGAGGAAGCUCAACAAGGCGCCGCUGCGAGGCUCCCUGCUGCGCACCUACGUGAUGCACAUCGUGACCAGGUCCGGGGUGGAGGUGGGCUUCAUGAUGGGGCAGUACGUCCUGUACGGGUUCCAGCUCAGCCCGCUGUACAAGUGCGAGAGGGACCCGUGCCCCAACGUCGUGGACUGCUUCGUGUCCCGGCCCACCGAGAAGACGGUCUUCAUGAUGUUCAUGCAGUGCAUCGCCGCCGUCUCCUUGUUCCUCAACAUCCUGGAGAUCAUCCACCUCGGCUACAAGAAGCUGAAGAAAGGGAUUCUGGACUACUACCCUCACCUGAAAGACGAGCUAGACGACUACUACGUUAGCAAGUCCAAGAAGAACUCUGUGGUCCAUCAGGUCUGCGUGGGCACAAACACCGGGCGCAAAGCCACCAUUCCUACAGCGCCAAGUGGCUACACUCUGCUCAUGGAGAAGCAGGGUGAGGUGCCCGGGUACCCCAUUUUGAACCCGUCAUCCGCCUUCAUUCCCAUCCAAGGGGAUCCUAACGGAAACACGAAGAGCUGUCCGGAGAGCCAGAAGGAGUCUAAAGACGCCAAUCCCAGCCCAGGGGAACGAAACAGCAACUCGAAUAACACCUGCGGCGAAGCCAAAUCGCCCCCUAUUGACGGGUCCACUCCGCCAAAGCAGGACGACCCUGAGGACCAUUCGCACCCGUCUCAUCCCGAGGGCCCGGGCGAAGCGGUGUCCUCCAUCUACCCCUUGCUCCAGGGUGACCCGGCCUCCUGCCCGACUCUGGCGGUCAGCUCCGGUCGCAAGCCUCGCCGCGUCAGCGCGCCCUGGAACUGUUCCACGGUGGUGGAAAACACCGGCUCGGACGGCGACGCGGCGCUCGGGGCCAGCCAGCGCCCGCGGUACAGCUUUGGCGCCACGCGAUCACGGGCAGCCUCAAAGUCCGAUCUCAAGAGACUCAGCCGGCCAGACACCCCGGACUCGAUCGGGGAGUCGAGCUCGGAGUCUAAGCACAGCCGAAACUGCGACAGCCCGCAGACCGUCUCUCCCUCCCGGCGAAUGUCAUUGGCAAGUAACGCCAGCAGCAGGCGAGCCCCCACCGAUCUGCAGAUCUGAGCGUUAGUUUGAUACCUUAUCUAUAUGUUCACAGUAGUGUGCAGUAGUAGGGCUGGGCACAGCGAAGGUAUUUGUUGCAUGCCGUAAUCACAGCCAUGAAGACUGCAUACAGUACUCAUGAACUGAAUGCUUGUUCCUUAACCAUAUGGUGUUCAUGAACACUGCAUGGUACUCAGGCUCUGAAAUGGCCUGAAAAUACAAACUUUAGUUAAUUUCACAAAAAUGAUAUUCUUCUGUGUCGAAGAUCGUGUUAUUUUCAAGGUCUAUUCAUACAGACCUUUCAAAGAAAACCCCCCCACAGUUUUGCCAUUUGUUCUGAUGUCUGGGCAGCAGGAUCCUGGGCCUUUUCUUAACUUCUCCUACUUUGAUCAUGUGGCCAAAAUGGUCUUGGAGGGAUGCCUGCGUCUUCAGGUUUUCACCGAAGCAGAACUCUCAGGCACCUAGUGGACACCAGGCUAGGGACACGGUUCCUUUAGUGUCAAUUCAAUUGGGAUGGAAAACCGGCAGCUACAGGUAUCCUUUAGAAUCAAAACAGAAAAUCCAAAGUACCACACUUCUUAAGAGUGCUUUUUUUAAUGUGCCACGUGCUGAAGUAUGUAUACGUGUGUAUAUACUGUACAGCAUAUGAUAUGACUAGAGCAGCAUGGAGGCACAGUGGUUAUCAUGGCUGCCUUACAGUGCUGGGGAGGCAUCUGCAUGGAGUUUGUAUAUUUUUCCAUGUUUGCGUGGGUGUCCUUUGGUGUCCUUUGAGUGCUUCGGUUUCCUCCCAUAAACAUACAAGUUAAUUGGCUUCUUGGAUAACUGGCCUUGGUGUGAGUGUGUGCGUUUGUGCCUGUCAGCCCUGUGAUGGACUGGCGCCCCGUGCCUGUUGCUCGCCAGGUUAGGCUCCGGCUCUCUCAUGACACUGAAUUGGAAGAAGCGCUUAGAAAAUGGAUGGAUGGAUGGAUGAUAGAACUGGCUUCAGGUAUGCCUUACAGUGAUACAAAUUUUGACUGUUGAGGGAGUAGCUAAAAAUCUGAAAACUUAAAUAUAUACAGUUGUUUGUUGUUUGGGUAUGGUACACAUUUUUUUCGAUAUUUCACAGUAUAUUGUCAACUUCCACAAAUCAAAAAUAAAAGUUUGUCAAAGCAAGAUACUCCCUAAAUCGCUCAAUUAAUCCCCCAGAAGUCAUUUUAAAUCUCUAAAUUAAUGAAAGGGAUGGCUUUCCAUCCGAUCACAAAAAAAAUACUUUUUAAUUUAUUCAGUAGUGAGUAUAAGUGAAAGAAAAGAAAUAAGAUUGAAAAUGUUAAGUUUCAGACAAUACCGUGCAAACGUAUGGGCAAUGAAACAUUUUAUUAACCUAAUCCAGCUGUAUUAUUGUGUUGGUUUUUGUUAAGGCAGAAAAGUCCUCUUUACCAAAACAAUAUUAUAUAUAUUCUAAAAUGUCAUAAACAGCUUUGUCUGUACUACUCAACUCUUCCACUACACAGAGCUCAUUAAGGGGUGCAGUCAAUGAACAAUAAUUUAUUUCACUGCCCAUAUACAUCAACAGUGCUGGGGCCCUAGCUUCAAUUCCUGUGGUACU